CCCGAUAUGUGUCCGGGCCAAACAUCUAGUUUAUUUUUAAAGUACAAAGUUCCCAAUAUAAAUACUUUUAUUUAUUUAUUUAUUUAUAAGAACUCUCAAGAAUUCUCAUUUCUCUCUUUAUCUCUCUCUCUCCUUCGAAGCCAAAAAAAACAUUUUCCAAAAUGGUAAGCCCAGUGUCAGCUGGGAUUAAGCUUAUCCUGAUCUCGGCUGCAACUUUCUUCACCAUAAUGCUGAUGUCAUCUCCGGCAGUCGACGGCCAAACCGGAGCAGCCCACGACCUAGUAGGCUUCUACUUCCCUGCCACCUCCACCGUGUCCGGCGGUUCCACCUGCAACGGCGGCGGCUCAAUCGAGGAGUGCUUGAUGAACCAGGAGGAGGAAAUGGAUGACAUUGACAUCGGGGAAGAUGGGUUGCCGGAGAUGGAGUCGGAGAGCAGCCGGAGGAGUCUUUAUUACAGAAGAAGGUACAUUAGCUACGGUGCUCUGUUCCGGGACAGAGUGCCCUGUUCCAGAAGGGGAUAUUCUUACUAUAACUGCCGGCCGGGAAGGCAUGUCAAUCCGUACGUCCGGGGAUGCAGUGCCAUUACCCGUUGCCGGAGUUUCUAGAUUUGUAAUUUUAGUAUCAAUUGUUAUUAUGGGUAACAAUGUGAAUUUGUGUUCAUGGAUUUUUAAUUAGUCGAUGACAAACUUCAUCAUUUCGGUGGAGGGGAAAAAAAAUGAUUGAGUAAUUAAUAAUUUAUCGUACUAUGAUUAGUUCUAGUUUUUUUUUUUUUUCCUGCUCAUGAGUUAUCCCUUUUGUGUGGAUGUCAAAACUCGAAUGUAUGUGUUCUAAUUAUGCAUUAUGCUGUGAUAAUCCUACUUAAAUUUUACUCCCUUAGGCCCUAAUUUAAGUUUAUUGUUUUUUGUAUUGUUAAUGUUCAACAAAUACUGCC